AUGUCCACUCCAUCUGUCCAGACUUUUGGUAAGAAGAAGACUGCUACCGCCGUUGCCCACGUCAAGGCCGGUAAGGGUUUGAUUAAGGUCAACGGUUCCCCAAUCACCCUUGUUGAGCCAGAGAUCUUGCGUUUCAAGGUAUACGAGCCAUUGACUUUGGCCGGUUUGGACAAGUUCCAGAACAUCGACAUCAGAGUGAAGGUCACCGGUGGUGGUCACGUCUCUCAGGUGUACGCCAUCAGACAGGCCAUUGCCAAGGGCUUGGUUGCUUACCACCAGAAAUACGUUGACGAGGCCUCCAAGAACGAGUUGAAGAAGAUCUUCUCCUCUUUCGACAAGACCUUGUUGGUUGCUGAUGCCAGAAGAAUGGAGCCAAAGAAGUUCGGUGGUCGUGGUGCCAGAGCCAGAUUCCAGAAGUCUUACCGUUAA